AUGGUUGUCUCGAAACCAUUGAUGAGACGCUUGAUGAGCUUCACAAGGUUGAAGAAGACCUUGAUAUGUACCCUAAAAAAGAAGUCUCUCACCCAACACGCCGAUGACCUCAAAACCCUCCUGAGCGCUGCAAUGACCAACCAAGAGACUUGCCUCGACGGCUUUUCGCACGAUAAAGCUGAUAAAAAAGUGCGUGAAGUGUUGCUGAAGGGGAGGAAGCUCACGGUGGAGGAGGAUACCGAUGGGUGGCCUAAGUGGUUAUCCGCCGGAGAUAGGAGGUUAUUGCAGUCUUCGUCGGUGACGUCAAACGUGGUUGUGGCGGCGGACGGCAGCGGCAACUAUAAGAUGGUAUCGGAGGCAGUGGCCGCUGCGCCGGAAGGAAGUAGCCAGAGAUACGUGAUCAGAAUUAAGGCGGGUGUUUACAGGGAAAAUGUGGAUGUGCCAAGACCAACAUAA